UUUUAAUUAAUAACUCAAUUGAAUUAUUGGAUUUAAUAAUUGAUCAAUUAAGCCAUUAAUUAUACUCAAUUCAUCAUGUCCACAUCACCAUUAAGCGAAGAUGAUCCCUUGGGACCACCAAAAAAUACUCAAAACUUAGAUUUAUCUAAAUUAUCCCCAGAAGAACUAACAAUUUAUAGGAGGUAUGGUAAAUUGCCAACUACACAACAAAUUCUUUCAAACAAAUUUAGAGAAAAGAAAUACUUUGAUAGUGGAGAUUAUGCUAUGCAAAAGCAAGGAGGUAAUAAAAGUGCUUUAUUUCCUGGUGUAGGUGUACCUUUAAGACAUCCUAAUGCUGAAAAAGUUAAGGAGAUGUCUAAUCGAAAUAGUAUUAGUGCAUCUAAUGCGGGCUUCUUAUUUAAUGGAAAAUCAAGUUUAUUGAAUGAGUCAACCCCAGAUAAGAAUCAAGAAACAAAAGAAUCUUGAUUUAUAGCAAGAAAUAUUACUAUUAACUAUGGCGUUUAGAACUGAAGUCUUCAUUAAAACCGAAACAAGGGGGGAAGGGAUAUACCAAGAAAUGAAACAAUCUUUUACAUUCACUUGAUAGUUGGUCAAGAAUAUCAUAAAGAUUCCUCCAUUACCAUAAAAUAUAAUAAAUAUCUAACCCACUGAACACAGUACAUCACAAUCGAAAAAUCAAUGCAACUGCAUU